AUGUCUGGCUACACUGUGCUUUUUGUUUUAGCAGUGACCGUGGCCUUGUGUGUGUUGUCAUGGAACUUUGCUCCUAAGCAGGACCAGACCGUAUGGCGGUCUUCCUUGGUCUUGGGAUUGUCCAUGUGCUACUUAAUGUGGGCCAUCACGUAUUUGGCGCAAUUGCAUCCAUUAGAAGCUCCCAAACGGUCCGACCUCAGAAGAGAGGUGUGA